AUGGACGAAUUCAAUGACGACGAUUUUGACGAAUUGAAUGACACUACCCUCCAGGAGCUCGAGAACAACGCUAUCCAAUUCACCCAAGCACAGCGGAAGCCCGACUCACAGUCUCAGCCUCAAUUCCACAACCCUUCACAGAUCGAGAACUACGAUGACCUUGAAUUCGAAGAUGACGACCUCGACGAUGCUGAAGUCACCAAUGAGCUUCUGCCUUCCGUUACUCGCCCUCCUGUAGACAAAACUGUUUCCCAGCAACACCAGCAGCAGCACCGCCACCUCCAGCAUUCGCAACAGCCUCAUGCAGUCAGCCGCCCGUCUCUUCCUACCCAGCAAAGACGGAUUCCACCAGCAACACACACGAAUCCUUCCGCGCUCUCCCCCCGACCGCGAUACCCUCCACCGGCGCCAUCCUACGUUGCCCCUGCCGCGUCGCAGCGCUUUCAGUCGGCCCACACUGCAACUCCCUACCGCCCUCCGCCAAGCCAAUUUGUUCGACCUCCUCCCCCUUCGUCUACCCGCUUCAAUCCUCCAAUAGCUCAGCCGCAAGUACAUGUGCCUCCUGGCAAUGAUGUCGUUGCCGCUCUGCAGCAACGACUCAGGACGCUCGAGUCUGAGCUCAACUCUGCUCGUGGCGAGGUAUCCAUCAUACGGACCAAAUCAACAAAGGCAGAGCAGGACCAUGUAGCUGAGGUUUCCCGCCUCAAGAAGCAGAAUGCCGAACAAGCUGCCAAGCAAGAGAGGGCUGUCGAAGCCGCCAUUGCUGCUGAAAGGCAGGCUACCACCGAGUUGCAAUUCCUGCAAAGAGACUUGAAGGACGCUUCAACCCGUCCUCGCCGGAGAGAAGCUGCACCAAUGUCCGCCGCACCAGGGACUACCACACCUAAGAAGACAGCCAAAACCUGGGGUGUCGCAGAUGGAUUCGAUGAUAUGGAUAUCGCCCCAAGUCCGACUAAGAACAGAGGCAAAUCCCGAGACACCGGCCCUGUCGCGAUGCCAUUGUCUGAGAGAACGCCUACCAAAGGCAAACGGAAACGGCCGACUGUUGAUAGUCCCGUCAUGGCUUUGGAGAUAGACGCCCAGGAUGUGAUAAUGGUUGACGACGUGGGUGCCACCGCCAUCGAAGUUCAACACCCCGGCCCGGCGCCCAACAUUCUUCCCUUUGAGUUUCUGCAAGUCAUACUAGAUCAUGGCUCCCUGCAUGGGGAACCACCGACUUUUGACAUCUUGUCACGGUACUCAUACCCGUCUGAUCAAACCACGUCCUUUGCCUCCUUCAUCUUCCAGCAACUACCUCUCAUGGGCAAUCCGCUGAAUCCAGUCCAGCUCCUGGUAGACUUUGCCCGUCUUCUCAUCCAGAUGUGGAGCCAGUGUUUGGAAGAGAGUUUCUUGCGACCAAUUUGGGAUCUGGCUUCGCUUCUUUCUUUUACUCUCCAGCUUCAGACCAUAUCUGUGGUGCCACCCAUCAUCAACGAAUUGGUUCCAACUCUGCAGCAGUCUAUUUUAAUGGUUGGGGAGGCUCGUUUCAAGAGCCAGGAUGGCGAUGUCUCAGUUGAUGCCGGCACAGAAGCCGUGCAGCAGCAUAUCGAUACAUCGUACAUCCUGUCGCUGCUUUCAGCCUCUGCCGCAGCCUGCGCCACGACAUUUUCCGAGACAGACAGCGGCGCAAAAACGAAACAAGCCGAAUUUUGGCAACUGAUCAACCUCGACCUGGUGAUUAUCUUUCUUACACCAAGACAACGGCUGGACGACAUCAUCAGCAUGCUUGAUAUGCUGUGCACUUCGAGUCUCGCAGAUUCCAUUGGCCCCAUCAUCCCAGGCAAAGACGCCGACCUGGCUGCGAAAAUGGUCAUCGACAAAGUUUCUCUCAACCUAGUCGAAUUACCCAUAGCAGUUUCGUCUGCAAGCCAGAAGUACGCAGUGAGAUUCGCAGUCUUGCGGACACUCAUGGCCUUUGCCCGCUCCCGGUACGGAGCGCGACAGGUGGCGGGCCACGUCAGUGUCAUACCCCGGUUAGUUACAGCUCUGGGCGAGCUUGUCGAUAUUCUGUACGACCUUUCCGACCCUGUAGUGGAUAUAUCCAGUGGCGGUUUCUCCCCUUCGCGCAAGGACUUAGCCGUGGGUACAACCCCGGACGGUCGCCGCGACGGUGUCGAUGACUGGAACGGCGGCCGGAGUGACGCCUCCUUGUUGAUAUCCCAGAUUAUUCUUCUUCUCCAUACCUUGGUCACAGAUCCGCACACGGUCAACGUCGCCAACAUCCUCUCGAAACUCUCCAUUUCCCACGGUGGCUCUCAACGGUAUAUCCUAUCCCUGUCGCGACUCAACUUCGCGGAAGAAGAUUUGGUCUAUGAAGGCGCAAUUGACGCGGAUACCGUUGAUCGGGCUCAUGAGUUGUUGGAGAUUGCUGUAACUCCCGACGAGGGCGACAGUAUCGCAGUGUCGUUCGGGGUUUGA